AUGGGGGUGUCGGCCCCGUUGCCGCCCUUCCAGGCCCCUCGCGGCCCCUUCGCGGCCCCGUUGCCGCCCUUCCAGGCCCCGUCGCCGCCCUUUUCGCGGCCCGUCGCCGCCCUUCCAGGCCCCUCGCGGCCCCUUCGCGGCCCCGUCGCCGCCCCUAUCGGCCCCGUCGACGCCGCCAGCGGCCCCGUCGCCAACCCUAGCGGCCCCGUCGCCGCUCCUAUCGGCCCCGUCGCCGCCGCAAGCGGCCCCGUCGCCGCCGCGAGCGGCUCCGUCGCCGACCCUAGCGGCCCCGUCGCCGCUCCUAUCGGCCCCGUCAUCGCCGCCAGCGGCCCCGUCGUCGCCGCCAGCGGCCCCGUCGCCGCCUCCAGCGGCCCCGUCGCCGCCACUUGCGGCCCCGGCCCCGCCCCGGCCAUGCCCCACGGCCUCUCUCUGUUCGACCUCACCUCUGGUGCCUCCCCUGCCCCGCCUGCUACUACUGACAGCACUGUUCGCUCACAGUGGGCGACACGCAAUGCUGCUGCCCGUCUUGCUGUGCGUCGCCACUUACCGACCACUGAGCGUGCACACUUUAGCCAGUACAAGAGUGCUCAGACCUUGUAUGACGCUGUAGUUGCACGCUACUCUUCCCCUGCCACUGCUGCACUAAGCCGCCUCAUGCUACCAUACCUCUUCCUUGACCUUGCUGCCUUUCCCAAAGUCGCUGACCUCAUUACGCACCUCCGCACUAGUGACACUCGCUACCGCGCUGCACUUCCUGCUGAAGUCUGCGCCAAGAACCCCCUCCCCCCCAUGUACAUCACCCUCUACUACAUAGUCACCCGGCUCCCUGACUCUCUCCGCGUAGUCAGGGACCACUUCCUCUCAGUUUGCCCCACCACUCUCACCGUUGACCUCCUCGAGAAGGGCCUCCUAGCAGCAGGGAAGAGCAUAGUCGCUGUAGGAGCCUCUCGUGGUGACCCUCGCACCCCCGUCUUUGAGGGGUGUUCCCCCUCCCCCCUCUUGCCCUCUAUUGCUUCUGUUGCUGCUGCCGACCUCGUUGGUUUCUACGGGGUCAGCGCUGCGUCUGCCCCUAGCGGGAGACGCCGCAUCGGCAAGGGCAAGGGGGGCAAGGGCGCUGGAGGGGCUAUCAAGGCCGGUGGAGGUGAUGGUGGAGGCAGUGGAGGGGGGGGGGGGGUGGUGGUGGGAGUGGUGGCGGGGGUGGCGACGGCGGUGGCAGCAGUGGAGGCGGAGGAGGUGGCGGUGGCGGCGGAGGGAGCGGAGGUGGCGGAGGCAGCGGUGGCGGAGGCGGCGGGGGCGGAGGUGGCGGCGGCGGUGGAGCUGGUCGCGACUAUGCGUAGAGGAGUGGGUCCGGCGGUGGUCCGCGCCAGCAGCAGCAACGCGGUCGUGAGACCCUAUCCCCUCAGCAGUUUCGUGAAUGGUACGCUGCGCGUCAGCGCGAUGGGGGUACUGGUCCCUGCACUUACGUCCUCCGUACCGGCGACCGCGCUGGUGAGCAGUGCGGUGGCCCGCACUCCACCCAGCGCUGCUUCGGCCGCAUGA